UAACGAGCUUCGCGCUAAUAUCGCCGGUCGACCUGUACAUUAGUCUCUCCGGUUGCGUUUACCAAUAAACAUUAUUAUUAUUAUUAUUAUUUUUUUUUUUUUUUUAUUCAAUUGUUUAUAAUUUUAUACCGUUUUUAAACGAAAAAAACACAUCGCGAAAUAAUAUACCGGCGUGUGCGAAAAUGAUGAUACUACGUUACAAGUAACUCGUUCGAUUCGCGUCCGGCUCCGAUCGCGUAUAAGUGUCAAUGGAAUAAUCGUAGUUUUGAUAAACAAAAACAAAAAUGACGUCCAACGCGUCAUCUUGAAUAGCCCGUCAUUUUUAACUCAACAAAAUGGUGAAACGUAUCAGUAAACAUCACUACGUGGCCACUCCCGGCAGCAGCAAAAACCACCACAGAUCAACGGAGACGCUACCGUAUGUGCACAGAGGAUAUUCCACCGAUGGUGAAGACAGCCAAAGAACUUUGUCCGAAUACACGAUCGCCACAGACAGGCCGUCGUCUCGCGGUCAACGGACGCCACCCAGGUCGAAGCGGUCCCGGAGCCUGGAGAGGCCGUCCAGCAGCUCCAGAGCCAGGUCAGCAGCCAGCCACCAUGAUUCGGACGUUUACGUGACUAGCGCUGCGUACAGGCCGCCGUCCGAAAUGAGUCGUGGAUCUCAUUACACCAGCAGGAGCAACAGGAGCAGGGGGCCGGCUCCCAGCCACUAUUCGUACCGAAGCAACGGUAUUGCCCCAUCCGAAGUGUCGACGGUCAAGUCCAAGAUCACACGCAAACCAGGCAUGACUAUUGAAACGAUGUCGGCGCCAAAUCCAUUUUGCCCGAACACCAAGGGUAUGUGCUGCCUGAUGCUGCUGCUCAACCUGGGACUCAUAUUGGUCACGUUGGGUUUCGUCAUCGUUAUACAAUUUUUUGAACCUCUGUUCGUGUGGGUGUUGGGCAUAAUAUUCCUCAUUUUCGGUUUCUUGACACUCAUGGGCAGUCUGAUUUACUGUGUAACGGUAUGCAGGGACGCCAAAACGCCCAAAGAGGUAGCCAUGCAAAAUCACUACUGGACACAUCAUUGGCAAAAGAGCUUCGGUGCCACACCAGAAAUACAUUACAAGACGGAGAAGUAUCCACCACAGGCCGUGCCCCACUCGGACCACGACGAGUACAGCGAUCGAUUCUCAAUCGGCAAACAAUCAGACAGGCACAUGCACGGACACAGAUACUAAACACAUUAUUAAUCGUAAAUGUACAUAAAUAUUGUAGCAUUUUUUUGUUGACUGUAAAUAUUUUAAUGAGGUUUAUUUUGAUCAGCCUAUACUAAUUAGAUAGUGAUCAUUAUAAUCUGACACCCAUGUUUAUAAUAUCAAAAUAAUGUAUAAUAUAAAAAUAGGUAAUAUUAAAUUUAAUAAUUAUUUACUAAUCAUACAAACAUAAUAAUAAUAAUUUAUUUCAAUAAUUGUUAUAAUAAAGAAGCUGUUUAUUACCUCAGUUUAUGUAAAAAUUACUAUUUCUGUUCACGAGUGGUACAAUUAAUAAUAGUAUUUAAAACAAUUAUACUGAAAUUAUUCACGUAUGUCAUUAUUUAUCAAACUGAAAUUCAGCAAUAUUAAUAUACUAAAUAACAUCAAACAUCCCUAACAUGUAUUAUUCAUUGAUUUGUUAUAAAUUCUAGAAAAAAUUGUGCUUGUACAUUUUCAGAAGCUCUGAAAAAUAAUAAUAUAAUAUUUAUAUACCAUUUAUACAAAUUUGUAAAUAUUUUAUUAAAGUAUAAAUAAACGUAUAAAAAAAAUGUAUUGUUCAUUAUUAUUCUAUAAUACUACAAAUUACAAGUUAUGUCUGUUAAAAAUUUUAAAACUAUUUAAAAUAAAAUAAAUUGAAAUUGGUAAUUUCUACACUAUUUCAGAAGUGAGAAUCAGAUUUUACAGAAAUACACAUACAAAAAAUAUAUAUAAUUUAUAAAUAAGUAAAAAAAACUUGUACAUUUUUCUGAAAAUUUUCAAGUGCUCUUUAAAAUUCCUUAACAAUAGUUUAAACUGAACAUAAAUUAGGUACUUAAAUUAAUCAUCUAUUAUAGACAUACAUGUAGUAAGUUCUUCAAGAAAAUAA